CGACACUGCCGUCGUAACCGAGCGAAGUGCGUCUCUUUGGAGCAGAUACCGGCUGGGAAGAAACGCAGCAACAACAGAAAGAAAAAAACACAUUUGCGCUCGUUUUCACCCGGACUCUCUCCGAGCGCGCACCCCCGCUUCGUAGCAUAAAUUUGAGCCGAGAACUCGAUGCGGAAGCCGGCUUUAAAGGAAGAGAAAGCCACGCUGGGGAAGGCAACUAUCUGAGAUACCAAAGCCCGAGCUCAGCUGCCUCCCAAGCGACGCUUUAAAAAAAUAAAGGAAGGGCGCGCACACUUUUUAGCCCAAACCGAGGUGAAAAUGGACUAUGACUUUAAAGUGAAGCUGACCGACGAAAGGGAGCGUGUCGAGGACCUGUUUGAGUACGAAGGAUGUAAAGUGGGAAGAGGCACCUACGGUCAUGUUUACAAGGCGAAGAGAAAAGAUGGGAAGGAUGAUAAGGACUACGCCCUCAAGCAGAUUGAAGGCACCGGUAUCUCCAUGUCAGCCUGCAGAGAGAUUGCUCUGCUGCGGGAGUUAAAACACCCCAACGUCAUCUCACUGCAGAAGGUUUUCCUGUCACACGCAGAUCGCAAAGUGUGGCUGCUCUUCGACUACGCAGAACAUGAUUUAUGGCACAUUAUUAAGUUUCACAGAGCCUCCAAGGCCAACAAGAAGCCACUUCAGCUGCCUAGAGGAAUGGUCAAGUCUUUGCUCUACCAGAUUCUGGAUGGCAUCCAUUACCUCCACGCCAACUGGGUCCUCCAUAGAGACCUUAAACCAGCAAACAUUUUAGUGAUGGGAGAAGGACCUGAGAGGGGUAGAGUAAAGAUUGCGGACAUGGGGUUUGCUCGACUCUUCAAUUCACCGCUGAAGCCUUUAGCUGAUCUCGACCCCGUCGUGGUCACUUUCUGGUACCGAGCGCCUGAACUGCUGCUGGGAGCUCGGCACUACACCAAAGCUAUCGACAUCUGGGCGAUUGGCUGCAUUUUCGCGGAGCUGCUUACCUCUGAGCCCAUAUUCCACUGUCGCCAGGAGGACAUCAAGACCAGUAACCCGUACCACCAUGACCAAUUGGACAGAAUCUUUAACGUUAUGGGCUUUCCAGCUGAUAAAGACUGGGAGGACAUCAAAAAGAUGCCAGAGCACUCCACUCUGAUGAAAGACUUUAGAAGGAACACAUACACAAACUGCAGCCUUAUAAAGUACAUGGAAAAACAUAAAGUUAAACCAGACAGUAAAGCAUUCCACUUGCUGCAAAAGCUACUGACCAUGGACCCCAUCCGUAGAAUCACAUCUGAGCAGGCGAUGCAGGACCCCUACUUUUUAGAAGAACCUCUACCCACCUCUGACGUGUUUGCAGGUUGUCAGAUUCCUUACCCCAAGAGAGAGUUCCUGACAGAGGAGGAGCCAGAGGACAAAGGAGACAAAAAGAACCAGCAGCAACAACAGGGAAACAACCACACAAAUGGGGCAGGGCACACCGGUAACCCAGAAAAUAGCCACGCCCAGGGCCCACCUCUGAAGAAAGUGCGAGUUGUCCCUCCUACCACUACCUCAGGUGGCCUCAUAAUGACCUCAGACUACCAGCGCUCUAAUCCACUUGCUGCCUACCAGAACCCUGGACCAAGCACAUCACUGCCCCAGAGCAGCAUGGGAUACUCCUCUACCUCCCAACAGCCGCCCCAGUACUCCCACCAGUCCCACCGUUACUAAAACUUCUCUUACAAGCAUACACACAUUUUAGACAAAUGCACACACGGCCCCUUACCAUGCCCAUCUGAACGAAUGUACCGAAGGAUGUGGGGAUGUCCCAGUGCAGCAAACCUUCCCAGCAACCAACAACUACCAUCCCUCUGAGUUCAGAAAAGCAAGACUUCACCUGUUUCAGACUUCAUACCACAAUCCCAGUAUUAGAAAUACAGUUUAGAGCAGAGGAUGUUCGGUAAAACACAAAGCAGGAGGGUAAAAAGAAAAGUGAACCUGCUUCUGUUAGACUAAAUAAACACAGAAACAGUGGCUUGGUUUGGAGGACGCGCAUUAACCUGUUGUCAUUUCCUUUCCUCUGCUUCAGUUCCCCUCAUCCUGUCAAAGCUUGGAUGAGCUGCUAUGUGACUGCCAGCGUUGACAGGAUCUCAGUCUGUCAGUCCUUCUGUUUAUUUUACGAUGGGCCACAGCUGAGGACUAAACUGAGCUGCUAAGACGCAUAAAAGGAGAUUGCUGAUCUCCCACAGCUGCGGAAUGGAGGAUUUUUCUUCAGAA